GUCGUUCAUCCAAAUUAUCCUCUCUUCGAGAAUUUAUAUUUAAAUUACCUACCUCUUGAGCUGGUAUUUCAAUAAUUCUUGAUUAUAUGUACAUACAUGUUCUUCGUGUGUAACCAGCUUUAAACAAUUGCAAUCGAUUUGUCAUCGGUAGCGAGUUUUUUGAUAUUGUCUAGUGCGUUCGAUGUAAUUAUAAGAGGGAAUAUUAAUAAAUUAGGAUUGUCGAAAAUGGUUUUAGCAAAUGUGCUACUAUUAAGCCAAAUUGCUGGUCAUGUAAUAUUAGUUAUAUUAUCGUUGUGCAUGAUGGUGCCUCUUGGUAUGAGUGUCCAUGAAUUUGGUGGGCACUGUUUGCUUUUUACAACUGGUAAAUGGCGUGAAGAGGAUGGAAUGUUUGAAGUAAAAUGGUCUUCAACAGGUUUUUGCAGCUUUCCACUUUUUACUGCAAUGUUUCUAUUCUUGAUUUCAACUUUACAAAUUUAUCGAUACUCAAGGAUGAAAGAAGAAGCUUCGUUUCUUUCUUUAUUCAUUGACGUUGUGGUUGGUAUUUGGAUGUUGGCCUUUUCAAUUCUGUCAGCAAUUAUGGUUACUUUAGGAUUUAUUGUAUGGUGUGAUGGUAUGACUGAACGAUUUCCGUCAUGUGAAACAGCAGCAGGACAAAAUAUAAUUCACGGAGACCAAGACCAUAUUGACACAUCUGACUUCUAUAUAGAAAUGGGGACAGCUCAGUUCGGCGCUUGGGGUUCUUUUGCAAUAUCGGUUGGAAUAGGUGUUAUAGCACUUCUUAAACUCAUUCAAAAUCAUCAAGUACGUAAUAUUAAAGUUUCAAUGUACUUGGAACGUCAGAAACUAGUAAAUCAACAUCAGCAUCAAUUAGAUGGACAAUCUACAACACCGACAGUUUCUGAAGAUAAUAAUAAAUAAACAUUAUAUGUGAUAUAGAGAAUUUUAAAAAAUUGUUCAAAUACUGCUCUCAUAUUGUACAUAAUACAUAUAUACAUAUCUUUUAUGUUUACAUUUUAAUCGAAACAUUGAAAUUAUAUUACAUUAGCAAUUUUAUCAGUAGAAAAAUUCAUCCUGCACUAUAAUAUUUAUAAACUUAUAUAAAGUGAAUUAAGUCAAUAUGUAUUCAUUGAUAUUAAAAUUUAUACAAUUUGUUGUCGAGCAUACUUAAGUUUAAUGCCAAAAGUUCAAGAAAGCGGUCUACACCUUGUAUCGAUAUAUUAUUGAGAGUAUUUAGACCCUGCUUGGGGAAAGAUAAUAUGUUAGCUAUCACCGAAGUCACUUAAUGGUAAGUCCAGGUGACGAGUUGUUCGAACCAAAUGGAGAAGUACAGUGGACCAAUAAAGUUUACAUACACCUAGUUCUAUUAAAUUA